AUGAAUAACCAAAAACUGAGUCAGAUCAAAUAUACCUUGGAACUGGAGCUAGAGGAGGAGAGGAAGAAGGUCAACAACUUGAUCAUGCGUGAGCGCAAGAUGGCGCAUGCGGAAUGGGAGACCCUCAUGAAGGUUGCUCAUGACGAUAUCCUGAAGCUGGAGACACACAGUAAUGAAGAAUGCUUAGCGGAGGAUGAGAAGGUGGAGACCUUGAGAAGGGAAGUGAUGGAUAGGUUGUCGGAAGAGAGGAAAGAAAUAGAUGACCAAUUGAAGCGUAUGAGGGAUGAGCUGGAAGGGCGUUGGGAGGAUCGGAAAGGAGUGGAGAUGAGCAGGAUAUUAGAGAAGGAAAGAGAAGCGGCAGAGCAGAAGAGACUUGUGGAGGAGGCGGCGGAGCAGAAGAAGAAGCUCGUGAAUGAGAAGCUGAAGAUGGAGAGUGAGAAGUUAUACGAGCGGGUUCGAGGGGCAGAGCAUAGCGCGCGAUCCGAGUGGAAAGAGCGAAUGAGCGCCGCGGUGAGGAAUUGGUUGGAAGCCGAAAAGAAGAGGAAGGAAGAGCAGAUACUAGCCCAGGAAGAAGAAGCGGAGAUGCAUAAGAGGCGGAGAGAUCAAGAACGGCGAGAGAAAAGAAAGGGAGAGGACAACCAGCGACAGGUCGCAGAGCAGAAGAGGCGGGAAGAAUUGGCUAUAGACAAGGCGCGCACACGCAUCGUCGAGGCUUGGACACAAUAUGAGUCUCGCUGGCGGAAGAUCAAAGAGCAAGACACUAUAUUGUCGUUCAGUAGCGUACCCUGGCCGACUCUGAAGGUUCCAAAACACGCGUUGGAUAUCCCCAUUGAUGAGGUACGGCAGCUCAUUCUGUCUCCAGACCAUUCCGGGGGCGCUUCUGCGGAGGAGAGGCUGCGUUUAGAAUGCCAACGGUGGCAUCCAGAUGCGUUUGCCGAUAUUCUUUCCAGGGCGACAGAGUCGGACAGGAUGAAGGUAGAGCUCGGGCGCCAUCUUGUAAUGGCAUUAUUGGAGCUAUUGCAGGAAAGCGAGGGAGCGGCAAGCAUGGAUGGAGACACAGGUAGUUCGAUCCAUACCUGA